AUGAGAUCACUGCAGGGGCGCGCCAAGACUCGUCCAGGUCCCUGCAGCCCAGCUUUAAAAGAUUCGCUGAAGGAGAGCAGCUCUCUCUAUGUAUUUAAUACAUACUUUGUACCUAGAUGCAAAUACAUUUUGUUGGGUGAACCUCCAGCACAAGUCAACAAGCCGACCGACACCCAUCACAACAUGGCAGAACCACCAAUACCCCUCCCAGACGACACCAACCCAGCCGACAUCAAAUCCCAAGUCCUCCAACUAACCCUCACCUCGAUCCAGUCCUCCGACAGCGACGAAAACCCCUGCGUCAUCUGCCUCGAAACCAUCACCUCCCCCUCGACCGCCCUCCCAUGCGGCCACUCCAACUAUGACUUCCUCUGCCUCGCCAGCUGGCUUCAGCAACGGCCCUUUUGUCCCCUAUGCAAAACAGGCGUCACCCAAGUCCGGUAUACCGACGCCGACACCCAAAACGAACACCUCUACAACGUCCCACCCAUAGCACCCACACCAGAACAACCUGUCCGGCAGACAGUCUCACGAGCGACCAACCCGGCAGACGUUCUCCAAUUGGGCCCAUUGGAUUUCGAGAGAUAUCUUUCCGGAGACGUCACCUCUAUCCAAGUCCCCCCAGUCCGGCGCAGCCUUCGCCGAAGACAGAGCAACCAUCAGCCACCACCACCACCCAGCACCCCCGACCAAGCCCUCCAACGACGCCAGCACAUCUACCGGCACAACCUCUUCUCUCUGCACAUCGGCUCCUCCCCCCACACAAGCUACUCUCCAUCCGUGCCCUCACCAGCCGUCCUCUCUUCCACCCCCCAUCUCCUAUCCAAAGCCCGCCUCUUCCUCCGCCGAGAACUGCAGGUCUUCUUCCCCCCAACUACGGCAGCUCCCUCAACGGGGGACAGCAUCCAUCAAAACAGGGAGUUUCUUCUCGAGUACGUAAUUGCCAUGCUCAAAACCGUCGACCUCCAGUCUCCAUCCGGAGCCACCCACGCCGAGAAUCUACUCAGAGAUUAUAUAACCCUACCCGACACAGGUGAUGACAGGACAGCACUCUUUUUACAUGAACUCAAGAACUGGAUGAGGUGGCGGGGCGAGCCACCAGGGAAUGUUAGUCUUGAGGGGUGGGAUAGGGGGGUGCAGUACCCUUCGCUUGAUGAGGGGAGGAAGCGUAGGUAUGAUCGCGGGGAGGAGGAUGACGAAGAAAGAGAGGGAAGGGGCUAUAGCUGGCAGGAUAAGGCGGGUGAUCACUGGAGGCCUGAUCCACCUCACUGCGGUCAGCACGGUGGAAGAAACGACAGCAGCAGGAGAAGAGGCGGUGUGGUGGGCAACGGAAGGGAAGAUGAGCGGUCUCGUCGUAGGAGGCAUGAUGUGUGA